UGCGCGAGCAUCGACAUCGAGGACGCCACGCAGCACCUGCGGGACAUUCUCAAGCUGGACCGGCCCACGGGGGGCCCCAGUGCAGAGAGCCAGAGGCCAUCCAGUGCCUACAAUGGGGAUCUCAACGGGCUCCUGGUUCCAGAUCCUCUCAGCUCAGGUGAUGGUAACUCGACAAGCAAGCCUGGUCUCCGAGCCAUGCCGCCCAUUAACCUGCAGGAGAAGCAGGUCAUCUGCCUCUCGGGAGAUGACAGUUCCACUUGCAUUGGAAUUUUGGCCAAGGAGGUGGAGAUUGUGGCCAGCAGUGACUCCAGCAUUUCAAGCAAGGCACGGGGGAGCAACAAGGUGAAAAUCCAGCCUGUAGCCAAGUAUGACUGGGAGCAGAAAUACUACUAUGGCAACCUGAUUGCUGUGUCCAACUCCUUCUUGGCCUAUGCCAUUCGGGCUGCUAACAAUGGCUCAGCAAUGGUGCGGGUGAUCAGUGUCAGCACAUCGGAGCGGACUCUGCUCAAGGGCUUCACAGGCAGUGUGGCCGAUCUGGCCUUUGCACACCUCAACUCCCCACAGCUGGCCUGCCUAGAUGAAGCAGGCAACCUGUUUGUGUGGCGCUUGGCUCUGGUUAAUGGCAAAAUUCAAGAAGAGAUCUUAGUCCACAUCCGGCAGCCAGAGGGCACCCCACUGAACCACUUCCGCAGGAUCAUCUGGUGCCCCUUCAUCCCUGAGGAGACUGAGGACUGCUGCGAGGAGGGCAGCCCAACAGUGGCCCUGCUGCAUGAGGACCGGGCUGAGGUGUGGGACCUGGACAUGCUCCGCUCCAGCCAUAGCACCUGGCCUGUGGAUGUCAGCCAGAUCAAGCAGGGCUUCAUCGUGGUGAAAGGCCACAGCACGUGCCUGAGUGAAGGGGCUCUGUCCCCGGAUGGGACUGUCCUGGCUACUGCCAGCCAUGAUGGCUACGUCAAGUUCUGGCAGAUCUACAUUGAGGGGCAGGAUGAGCCAAGGUGUCUGCACGAGUGGAAGCCUCAUGAUGGGCGCCCCCUCUCUUGCCUCCUGUUCUGUGACAACCACAAGAAACAGGACCCUGAGGUCCCUUUCUGGAGGUUCCUCAUUACUGGUGCUGACCAGAAUCGGGAGCUUAAGAUGUGGUGCACAGUGUCCUGGACCUGCCUGCAGACCAUUCGCUUCUCCCCAGAUAUCUUCAGUUCAGUGAGUGUGCCCCCCAGCCUUAAGGUUUGUCUGGACCUCUCGGCAGAGUACCUGAUUCUCAGUGACGUGCAGCGGAAGGUCCUGUAUGUGAUGGAGCUGCUGCAGAACCAGGAGGAAGGCCAUGCCUGCUUCAGCUCCAUCUCGGAAUUUCUGCUCACCCACCCCGUGCUGAGCUUCGGUAUCCAGGUUGUAAGUCGUUGCCGGCUGCGUCACACUGAGGUGCUGCCUGCCGAGGAGGAGAACGACAGCCUGGGGGCUGAUGGUGCCCAUGGAGUCGGUGCUGUGGAGUCUGCAGCUGGUGUGCUCAUCAAACUCUUCUGUGUGCAUACCAAGGCAUUGCAAGAUGUGCAGAUUCGCUUCCAGCCGCAGCUUAACCCAGAUGUGGUAGCCCCACUCCCCACUCACACUGCCCACGAGGACUUUGCAUUUGGAGAGUCUCGGCCUGAGCUGGCCCCCGAUGGCUUGGGGUCAGCCUCUCAUGGCUCCCAGCCUGACCUUCGCCGCAUUGUGGAGCUGCCUGCACCUGCUGACUUCCUUAGUCUGAGCAGUGAGACCAAGCCCAAGCUCAUGACGCCUGACGCCUUCAUGACACCCAGUGCCUCCCUGCAGCAGAUCACUGCAUCCCCCACUAGCAGCAGCAGCAGCGGGAGCAGUUCCCUUACAGCUGUGUCUGCCAUGAGCGGCACCUCGGCCGUGGACCCCUCCUUGCCCAGGCCACCUGAGGAGCUGACCUUGAGCCCCAAGCUGCAACUUGACAGCAGCCUGACAAUGAGCAGCAGCAGCCUGCAGACAAGCCCGCGCAGCCUCCUCCCAGGCUUGCUCCCAGGCCCAGCCGACAAGUUGACUACUAAGGGGCCUGUGCAGGUACCCACGGCUGCCUCUUCACUAUCCCUGGAGCUGCAGGAGGUGGAGCCCCUGGGGCUACCGCAGGCAUCUCCCAGCCGGACCCGAUCCCCCGACGUUAUCUCCUCAGCCUCCACUGCCCUGUCUCAGGACAUCCCCGAGAUUGCAUCUGAGGCCCUGUCCCGUGGCUUUGGCUCCUCUGCUCCUGAGGGCCUUGAGCCAGACAGUAUGGCCUCUGCUGCCUCAGCACUCCACCUGCAGCUUGGCCUAGAUGGAGGAGGCAGUGGGGAUGGUGAUCGACAUAGCGCCCCCUCCCUCCUGGAGGCAGCCUUGACCCAAGAGGCCACGGCCCCUGACACUCAGGUCUGGCCUACAGCCCCCGACAUUACUCGUGAAACCUGCAGCAGCCUGGCGGAGAGCCCCAGAAAUGGGCUCCAGGAAAAGCACAAGAGCCUGGCCUUCCACCGGCCACCUUAUCACCUGCUGCAGCAACAUGACAGCCAGGAUGCCAGUGCUGAGCAAAGUGACCAUGAUGACGAGGUUGCAAGCCUUGCCUCUGCCUCAGGGGGCUUUGGCACCAAAGUUCCCACUCCACGGCUGCCUGCCAAGGACUGGAAGACCAAGGGGUCCCCUCGGGCCUCACCUAAGCUCAAGAGAAAGGGCAAGAAGGACAACGGGGAUUCAGCUGUGGGAUCCCGGCUUACGGAGCACCAGGUGGCAGAGCCCCCUGAGGGCUGGCCAGCAAUAAUUUGGCAACAGCAGAGAGAGCUAGCAGAGCUGCAGCACAACCAAGAAGAGCUCCUACAGCGUCUGUGCUCCCAGCUCGAAGGCCUUCAGAGCACCGUCACAGGUCACGUAGAACGUGCGCUCGAGACACGGCAUGAGCAGGAGCAGCGGCGCUUAGAGCGAGCACUAGCCGAGGGGCAGCAGCGUGGUGGGCAGCUGCAGGAGCAGCUGACACAGCAGCUGUCCCAGGCACUGUCUUCGGCUGUGGCUGGGCGGCUGGAGCGCACCAUACGGGACGAGAUCAAGAAGACGGUGCCUCCAUGUGUCUCCAGGAGUUUGGAGCCUGUGGCCAGCCAACUGAGCAGCUCUGUAGCCACCAAGCUUACGGCUGUGGAGGGCACCAUGAAAGAGAACAUCUCCAAGCUGCUCAAGUCCAAGAACCUGACAGAUGCUAUUGCCCGAGCAGCAGCAGACACGUUACAGGGGCCGAUGCAGGCCGCUUACCGGGAAGCCUUCCAGAGUGUGGUGCUGCCUGCCUUCGAGAAGAGCUGCCAGGCCAUGUUCCAACAGAUCAAUGAUAGCUUCCGGCUGGGCACACAGGAAUACUUACAGCAGCUAGAGAGCCACAUGAAGAGUCGGAAGGCACGGGAACAGGAGGCAAGGGAGCCUGUUUUAGUCCAACUGCGGGGCCUGGUCAGCACAUUGCAGGGUGCCACUGAGCAAAUGGCAGUCACCGUGUCCAGCAGCGUUCGGGCCGAAGUACAGCAACAGCUGCACGUUGCUGUGAGCAGCCUACAGGAGUCCAUUUUAGCCCAGGUACAGCGCAUAGUAAAAGGUGAGGUGAGUGUGGCACUCAAGGAGCAGCAGGCUGCCGUCACCUCCAGUAUCAUGCAGGCCAUGCGCUCAGCUGCUGGCACACCAGUACCUGCUGCCCACCUCGACUGCCAGGCCCAGCAAGCCCACAUCCUACAGCUGCUACAGCAGGGCCACCUCAAUCAGGCCUUUCAGCAGGCCCUGACUGCCGCUGACUUGAACCUGGUGCUCUAUGUGUGUGAAACUGUGGACCCAGCCCAGGUUUUUGGGCAACCACCCUGUCCACUCUCCCAGCCUGUGCUCCUCUCCCUCAUCCAGCAGCUAGCCUCCGACCUUGGCACUCGAACGGACCUCAAACUCAGCUACCUGGAGGAGGCUGUUAUGCACUUGGACCACAGUGACCCCAUCACUCGAGACCACAUGGGCUCUGUCAUGGCCCAGGUGCGCCAGAAGCUCUUCCAAUUCCUACAGGCUGAGCCACACAACUCACUUGGCAAAGCAGCCCGGCGUCUCAGCCUCAUGCUGCACGGCCUUGUAGCCCCAAGCCUCCCUUAG